AUUAAUGCAGGCAACAUUUCUCUCUAGAGCCAUCAAUGUGAUUGUACUGCUAGAAAAAAUGUAAUAACGAUGGAUUUUCUUUUCUUUUUUCUUUUCUCUCUCAUUGGAACUUCAGAGUCACAGGUUGAUGUUUCUGGUUCUUUUGAUGACACUGUGUAUGAUAUCACGCUGUCUUCAAUUUCUGCCACAACCUACAGCUCACCCGUGAGUAGAACACUGGCAACAAAUGUGUCAAAACCGGGGCCUCCAGUCUUCCUAGCCGGGGAGAGAGUUGGCUCUGCCGGGAUUCUCCUUUCAUGGAAUACCCCUCCUAACCCAAAUGGAAGAAUCAUAUCGUAUGUUGUUAAAUACAAGGAAGUGUGUCCAUGGAUGCAGACAGCGUAUACCCGAGUGAGAGCGAAGCCCGACAGUCUGGAGGUCCUUCUCACUAACCUUAACCCUGGAACAACAUACGAGAUUAAGGUUGCUGCCGAAAACAGCGCUGGCAUUGGAGUGUUUAGUGACCCAUUUCUUUUUCAAACCGCAGAAAGUGCUCCAGGGAAAGUGGUUAACCUCACAGUGGAGGCCCUCAACUAUUCUGCAGUAAACUUGAUUUGGUAUUUACCUCGGCAACCAAAUGGUAAAAUCACCAGCUUCAAGAUCAGUGUCAAACACGCCAGAAGCGGUAUAGUAGUGAAGGAUGUCUCCAUCAAAGUAGAGGACCUUUUAUCUGGGAAAUUACCUGAAUGUAAUGAGAACAGUGACUCUUUUCUGUGGAGUACCACCAGCCCCUCUCCAACCCUCAGUAGAGCCACACCUCCACUUCGUACUACACAUUUAUCCAACACAUUGGCACGGAAUAAGAUCAGCUCUGUGUGGAAAGAGCCCAUCAGCUUUGUGGUGACUCACUUGAGACCAUACACAACGUAUCUCUUUGAAGUUUCAGCCGUUACGACGGAAGCAGGGUAUAUUGACAGUACCAUUGUUAGGACACCAGAAUCAGUGCCUGAAGGACCACCCCAGAACUGUAUAACAGGCAAUGUCACAGGAAAGGCGUUUUCAAUUUCAUGGGACCCACCAGCAAUUGUCACAGGAAAGUUUAGUUACAGAGUUGAAUUAUAUGGGCCAACAGGAAGGAUUUUGGAUAAUAGUACAAAAGACCUCCGGUUUGUGUUUACGCAUCUCACGCCAUUCACAAUGUAUGAUGUCUAUGUUGCUGCAGAAACCAGUGCUGGGGUUGGACCCAAGUCAAAUCUUUCAGUAUUCACUCCCCCAGAUGUUCCAGGAGCAGUGUUUGAUUUACAGAUCGUGGAGGUAGAAGCCACAGAAAUAAGAGUUUCUUGGAGGAAACCUCGACAACCAAAUGGAAUCAUCAGCCAGUACCGUGUAAAAGUGUCAGUCCUAGAGUCAGGAGUCAUUUUGGAAAACACUCUGCUCACAGGACAAGAUGAGUAUAUAAACAACCCCAUGACUCCAGAAAUAAUGAACCUAGUAGACCCAAUGAUAGGAUUCUAUGAGGGCUCAGGAGAGAUGUCUUCAGACCUGCACUCCCUGGCUUCGUUCAUAUACAACAGCCAUCCACACGACUUUCCUGCCAGGACAAGAGUUGAAGACCAAAGAUCACCAGUUGUAGUGGCCACCAGGAAUCAGUAUAUGACUGACAUUGCUGCUGAACACCUGUCUUAUGUUAUCAGGCGGCUUGUACCCUUCACUGAGCACACGAUUAGCGUAUCUGCUUUCACUGUCAUGGGCGAAGGACCACCAACAGUUCUCACUGUUAGGACACGUGAGCAAGUGCCAAGCUCCAUCCAAAUUAUAAACUAUAAAAAUAUUAGUUCUUCAUCUAUUUUGCUAUAUUGGGAUCCUCCAGAAUAUCCCAAUGGGAAAAUCACUCAUUAUACAAUCUAUGCAAUGGAACUGGAUACAAACAGAGCCUUCCAGAUGACUACUGUAGAUAACAGCUUUCUCAUCACAGGGUUGAAGAAAUAUACAAGAUAUAAAAUGAGGGUUGCUGCCUCAACUCAUGUUGGGGAAAGUUCUCUGUCAGAAGAAAAUGACCUCUUUGUGAGAACUCCAGAAGAUGAGCCAGAAUCAUCACCUCAAGAUGUCAAAGUAACUGAUGUGUCUCCAAGUGAACUGAGCUUGACCUGGUCCCCACCUGAGAAACCUAAUGGGAUCAUUAUUGCCUACGAGGUGUUUUACCAAAAUGCAGAUGCCUUGUUUGUAAAGAACACCUCCACCACGAACAUAACUUUAAGUGACCUGAAACCUUACACACUCUAUAAUAUUUCUAUCCAGUCAUACACCAGACUUGGUCAUGGCAAUCAGUCAUCCUCAUUACUUUCUGUAAGGACUUCAGAGACUGUACCUGAUAGUGCGCCAGAAAAUAUUACUUACAAAAACAUUUCCUCGGAAGAGAUUGAGAUUUUCUUCCUUCCUCCAAGGAGUCCCAAUGGCAUCAUACAAAAGUACACGAUUUACCUCAAGAGAAGUAAUAGCCACGAGGCGAGAACUAUAGAAACAACCUCUCUCACUCUCACUAUCGGAGGACUGAAGAAGUAUACCCAUUAUGUGAUUGAGGUGUCUGCCAGUACACUGAAAGGUGAAGGAGUUCGGAGUAUGCCAAUAAGCAUACUGACUGAGGAAGACGCUCCUGACUCUCCUCCUCAGAACUUCUCCGUGAAACAGUUGUCUGGUGUCACCGUGAUGUUGUCAUGGCAACCACCCUUGGAGCCAAAUGGAAUUAUCCUCUAUUACACAGUUUAUGUCUGGGAUAAAGUAUCAUUAAAAACUAUUAAUGCAACUGAAGUAUCACUGGAGUUAUCCGACUUAGACUAUCAUGCUGACUAUAGCGCCUAUGUAACAGCUAGCACUAGAUUUGGUGAUGGGAAAACAAGAAGCAGCGUCAUUAACUUCCGAACACCAGAGGGAGAGCCCAGUGAUCCUCCCAAAGAUGUCCACUAUGUGAACCUCAGUUCUUCAUCGAUAAUUCUCUUUUGGACUCCUCCUGUAAAACCUAAUGGAAUCAUACAAUAUUAUUCUGUUUAUUACCAAAAUACUUCAAGUACUUUUGUGCAGAAUUUUACACUUCUCGAAGUAACCCAGGAGCCUGGCAAUGUGACAGUGUCUGCAAGAAUCUAUAAACUGGCAGUAUUCAGCUACUAUACAUUUUGGCUAACAGCAAGUACUUUAGUUGGAAAUGGGAAUAAAAGCAGUGAUGUAAUUCAUGUCUACACAGACCAAGACAUACCUGAAGGUGGUGUUGGAAACCUGACUUACGAGUCCCUUUCAUCAACUGCAAUAAACGUGAGCUGGACGCCACCAUCUCAACCAAAUGGCCUCGUCUUCUACUACGUUUCCCUGAAUUUACAGCAGAGCCCCCCGCGGCACAGGAGACCACCGCUGACUACAUAUGAAAACAGCAUAUAUUUUGAUAAUCUGGAAAAAUAUACUGACUAUAUAUUUAAAAUCACUCCAUCAACAGAAAAGGGAUUCUCUGAGACCUAUACUGCCCAGCUACACAUCAAAACUGAAGAAGAUGUUCCAGACACUCCACCAAUAAUCAACACUUUUAAAAAUCUUUCUUCUACCUCCAUUCUCUUAUCGUGGGAUCCCCCAUUAAAGCCAAACGGUGCAAUCCUAAGUUACCAUUUAACUUUACAAGGAACCCACGCCAACCGCACUUUCGUCACUUCCGGUAACCACAUAGUACUGGAAGAACUCUCGCCAUUUACUUUAUAUAGUUUUUUGGCUGCGGCAAGAACUAUGAAAGGACUUGGUCCUUCCAGUAUUCUUUUCUUUUACACAGAUGAGUCAGCGCCUUUAGCACCUCCCCAGAAUUUGACUUUAAUCAACUACACUUCAGAUUUCGUAUGGCUGACGUGGAGUCCAAGCCCUCUUCCGGGCGGUAUUGUUAAAGUGUAUAGUUUUAAAAUUCAUGAGCAUGAGACUGAUACUGUAUUUUAUAAGAAUAUUUCAGGUUUUCAGACUGAUGCCAAACUUGCUGGACUGGAGCCUGUGAGCACCUACUCAAUUAGUGUGUCUGCCUUUACCAAAGUUGGAAAUGGCAAUCAGUUCAGUAAUGUGGUGAAAUUUACAACCCAGGAGUCUGUUCCAGAUGCUGUACAGAAUAUUGCAUGUGUGGCACGUGACUGGCAGUCAGUAUCAGUGAUGUGGGACCCACCAAGAAAAGCAAAUGGAAUAAUUAUUCACUAUAUGAUAACAGUUGAAGGGAAUUCUACCAAAGUCUCCCCCAGAGACCCCAUGUACACUUUCACAAAACUUCUUGCCAAUACAUCAUACAUCUUUGAAGUAAGAGCGUCAACCUCAGCUGGUGAAGGCAAUGAAAGCCAAUGUAAUGUCAGCACACUCCCUGAGACAGUUCCCAGUGUUCCCACGAAUACAGCAUUUUCUAAUGUCCAGUCAACUAGUGUAACACUAAGAUGGAUAAAACCUGAUACUAUCCUUGGAUACUUCCAAAAUUACAAGAUAACUACUCAGCUUCGUGCUCAGAAGUGCAGAGAAUGGGAGCCUGAGGAAUGUGUUGAACAUCAGGAAGUUCAAUACCUCUAUGAAGCAAACCAAACAGAAGACACCGUGCGUGGAUUAAAGAAGUUUCAAUGGUACAGAUUCCAAGUGGCUGCUAGCACCAACGCUGGGUACGGCAAUGCCUCCAGCUGGAUUUCCACACAAACGCUGCCUGGCCCUCCCGACGGUCCUCCUGAAAAUGUUCGCGUGGUUGCGACAUCCCCCUUUGGUAUCAAUAUCAGCUGGAAUGAACCUGCCAUCAUAACUGGACCAACCUUCUACCUGAUUGAUGUCAAAUCGGUAGAUAAUGAUAACUUUAAUAUUUCCUUCGUGAAGUCAAAUGAAGAAAACAAAACCACAGAGAUUAAUGACUUAGAAGUAUUCACAAGGUAUUCUGUGGUGAUCACCGCUUUUGUUGGAAAUGUUAGUGGGGCAUACACAGAUGGGAAGUCAAGUGCAGAAGUGAUCAUUACGACUUUAGAAUCAGUGCCCAAGGAUCCACCUAAUAAUAUGACAUUUCAGAAGAUACCGGAUGAAGUAACCAAGUUUCAGUUAUCAUUCCUCCCGCCUUCUCAGCCCAACGGCAAUAUCCAAGUGUAUCAAGCAUUGGUUUACCGAGAAGACGAUCCUACUGCCGUCCAGAUUCAUAACCUCAGCAUUAUCCAGAAGACAGACACGUCCGUCAUUGCAAUGCUCGAAGGCCUGAAGGGUGGACAUACAUACAACAUCAGCGUUUAUGCUAUCAACAGUGCUGGCGCCGGCCCAAAAGUGCAGAUGCGAAUAACCAUGGAUAUUAAAGCUCCAGCACGACCAAAAACCAAGCCAAUUCCUAUUCAUGAUGCCACAGGAAAACUGCUUGUGACGUCAACAACAAUUACAAUCAGAAUGCCAAUCUGCUACUACAAUGAUGACCACGGGCCAAUCAGAAAUGUGCAAGUCCUUGUGGCAGAAGCAGGAGCUCAGCAAGACGGAAAUGUGACAAAGUGGUAUGAUGCAUAUUUUAACAAAGCAAGGCCAUAUUUUACAAACGAAGGAUUCCCUAAUCCCCCGUGUAUAGAGGGAAAGACUAAGUUCAGCGGUAAUGAAGAAAUCUAUGUGAUAGGUGCUGAUAAUGCCUGCAUGAUCCCUGGAAAUGAGGAGAAAAUUUGCAAUGGACCUCUGAAACCCAAAAAGCAGUAUUUGUUUAAAUUUAGAGCCACAAAUGUCAUGGGACAAUUUACUGACUCUGAGUACUCUGACCCUAUUAAAACUUUAGGUGAAGGACUUUCAGAAAGAACCGUGGAGAUCAUACUGUCAGUCACUUUGUGUAUCCUCUCAAUCAUCCUCCUUGGAACAGCUAUUUUUGCAUUUGCAAGAAUCAGACAGAAGCAGAAGGAAGGUGGUACGUACUCUCCUCGGGACGCAGAGAUUAUUGACACUAAAUUCAAGCUGGAUCAGCUCAUCACGGUGGCAGACUUGGAGCUGAAGGACGAGAGAUUAACGCGGUUACUUAGUUAUAGAAAAUCCAUCAAGCCGGUAAGCAAGAAAUCCUUCCUGCAACAUGUUGAAGAGCUUUGCACAAACAACAACCUAAAGUUUCAAGAGGAAUUUUCGGAAUUACCAAAAUUUCUUCAAGAUCUCUCCUCAACUGAUGCUGAUCUCCCUUGGAACAGAGCAAAAAAUCGCUUUCCCAACAUAAAACCAUACAAUAAUAACAGAGUGAAGCUGAUAGCUGAUGUAAGCAUCCCGGGAUCAGAUUACAUUAAUGCCAGCUAUGUUUCUGGAUACUUAUGUCCCAAUGAGUUUAUUGCCACCCAAGGCCCAUUACCGGGAACAGUUGGAGACUUUUGGAGAAUGGUGUGGGAAACCAGAGCGAAAACAUUGGUAAUGCUCACACAGUGUUUUGAGAAAGGACGGAUCAGAUGCCAUCAGUAUUGGCCCGAGGACAACAAGCCAGUGACAGUCUUUGGAGACAUACUGAUUACAAAGCUUAUGGAGGACAUUCAGAUCGACUGGACCAUCAGGGAUCUGAAAAUUGAAAGGCAUGGAGACUGCAUGACUGUCAGGCAGUGUAACUUCACGGGUUGGCCUGAGCAUGGGGUUCCUGAAAACACCACCCCUCUAAUUCACUUUGUGAAGUUGGUACGAACAAGCAGAGCACACGACGCUACCCCUAUGGUUGUGCAUUGCAGCGCUGGGGUUGGAAGGACGGGAGUUUUCAUUGCUCUGGACCACUUAACACAGCACAUACAUGACCAUGACUUUGUGGACAUAUAUGGACUAGUAGCUGAACUGAGGAGUGAGAGAAUGUGCAUGGUGCAGAACCUGGCACAGUAUAUCUUCUUACACCAGUGCAUUCUGGAUCUUUUAUCAAAUAAAGGAGGACAUCAGCCGGUCUGUUUUGUUAACUACUCCACACUUCAGAAGAUGGACUCUCUGGAUGCCAUGGAAGGUGAUGUGGAACUUGAAUGGGAAGAAACUACCAUGUAAAAUUUGGACCAAAGUUACAAAUAGAAGACAGAAUUUUCAGAUCCCAGGAGCCAAAAUCAUCCCUCUUGCUUCUGAAAUGAACUGGGCAAAGGAAAUCUUCAUGCUUCCUAGAUGGUGCCUCACUAACUGGGUUGAUCGGUUUAUGGACAGAUGGUUGUAGGAAAACAGUCCUAUAAGAUAGUUAUUUGUUUUAUAUAGAAUUAAAUAUUAUGUAUUUUAAAAUGUCUAAGAAAAUACAUCAUGCAAGUUUUUUGAGGUCCUUAAUUCUUUUUGAAGUAAGCCAAAUAUAAAAUUAUUAUUAUUAUUCUAGCAUACCUGUUUCAGAAUACACUUUCCCUUUGUAUUGGAUUUCAUUUUAAAGAAAAGCUGUAGAUGUUCAUUUGGUAGUGUUAUUUUGGCCUCCGGGGUGGUGCUGAUGUUUCUUAUGGACGACUUCCAAGACUGUCAUAAUGAUCUGCACUUCCACGCAUGCCCCUGGCUUUUGAAUCCUCUGUUUUAUGAGUGUCAAGAUAUCAUCUACUGAUCCCGAACAGCUGAGCAGUAACCUCGUGACACUGCAGAGAGUGCUCAGCCUUUAUUCCAUGCUCAGUAGCUCUCGGAGACAACGCAAGGCUAUUUAAAUUGUACUGUGAUCUUCAGUUUGCAAAAAGUGAAAAGAAAAUUUCAAAGUACAUCCUCACCUAUGAAGUUAUAGAGCAUCUUUCUCAGCUGCCUACACUGGUACAGGCACAGGUUGCACCCACUAUGGUCUCGAAAAACAUAGACAAGUGAAUCAGAGUAUUUGUCAGCUUGAUGUACAUUCAACACUAAUAGUUUUGAAGAGUUUCUGGAUAGCAAUGUAUAAAAACGGCAAUAAAGCCAUACAUUGUGUUGCACGUGUGUAAGCUGAUGAACGCCAUGCUUCUGUGGCGCCAACAGGAACUUCCCUGUAGAUGACACCACUGAAUAGCCUGACUUCGUACCCGAGGGCUGAGUAUACAGAAGAACACUCAGUAUAACUUAAAGAAAUUAACAAGGCUGGAACAAAUAAGACAUUACAAAAAUAAACUCAUUUUAGCUUUCUUUUCUCUGUAUAAAAGUGUAUGAAAUUGUUUUGUCACAGAGUCAAAAUCAUAAUAACAAAAUAGCAUUCAUCAUCCUAAUUCUGUGAUAAGAACCAUACCUUGCACUUUAUCAAGCUCUACAGACAGAAAACUUGAGAGCUAAUGAAAGUGAAUAUUAAUGAAUUGGGUUACCUUGAAGCAUGAUUUGAAAUAUUAAUUAAACUAUAUGUAUAUAUGAAGACAUCAGCAAUUAUAUUAAUUAUAGUUAUUACAUAGUAACAUAAAAUCUUUUCUAUAUUAGUACAACAUAAUUGCAAUUUAUAUGUAAUUCACAUAAAAUUAUUUCUAAAGGCAUCCUUAAAAAUUAAUAUUGAUAUGGAAAUGCAGUAUCCAAGCAAUUAAAUAUGUUAUUCUAAAAAGCAGUACCAAAAAGUUCAAGAUUUGCAUACUAUUUUUUUUUACAAAAAGCAUAUACAAAUGAAUAGUAACUACAACUCCAACGAACAUGUUUGUGCUAUUAUUGAAAGUUACAAAAAGCAAUAACAAUUGAGGAGAAGUCUAAAAGUUUCAACUUUCAGCUAAACACUCUCUAUUGAAAAAUGUAUGGCAACCAGCAGGGUUUUUGUGUUCAUGGAGACAGAAAGUCUAUGAAAAGUACUGACUGGAUUUACUUUUAAAUAUAGUAAAUAAUAAUGAUGAUGAUGAUGAUCACAAUAAAUAAAAUAUAUAGUUUGAUUCAAAGGCUAGAUCAUUGUCUAUGAUAUCUGCAAAAUGGAUUCAUGAGAAUAGUUUUUUCUGGGUUGCCCAGAGUGUUCACGUGUGAAUAUCCAUAAAGCACUGAAUAAUAUUAGCUUUCUUCUAAAAUAGCUCUAACUGAGCUGUAGCUUUUUAUUAAGUCACCUGCAGAUUAUUUUAAAAUGAAAGGGUUUCUUCGGUGAAAAUAAUAGAGCCCUGAGAAUCACUUUUUACUUAUACUCCAAGUAUAUCACUGUUUGAUAUCAAACCAUAUUCUAAAUAAUUGUGAAUCUAUAGAAGACAUUGGGAUUAGAAUAAUUUUAGAUCUCCCAAAAAUUAGUAAAGAUAACUUUCAAAAGGAUUUGAAUACUUUACUGAAAACAAUAUGUAGGUUGUUAUAUCUGCACAGCUUAGUGAUACAUUGAGAGAUUUUUAACUGAGAGUAGAUGGAUAGAUAAACGGUUUCCUAAUUAUAUAGUGAAAGGACCCAUGUAAAUUGUAGUUCUACAGGUGGCUACUAAGUGCAAAUUAAAAUGAAGAACACCUGUAGCUUUUUUAGCUCCAAUUUGUCAAAGUUCAUUGAAGCAUUUGUACUAUAAAUGGUCAACAUGUGUUUCAUAGGAAUCAAGUGAAACUGGAGCCUCUCUGAAUGGUUCGCCAGAGACCAGAGCAGCUGCGGGUAGUGCCUCUCCUUUCAUGCUGCACUUAAAUGCAUACUUUAUUUUUUUUCUGUUACUGUAUAAGGAAAUGUACAUAAUAAGUCUUUUGCAAAAAUACUAAUUAAACUUUGACCUCGACAUAAAAGAACGAACCGCAUUCCGGAAAACUAUACCAAACCCUUGAAUUUUAAAAUGGAAUUGGUGUUCAGCAGAGGGUUCUGUAAGCUCAUGUUUACAGUCAUUAAGAUAACCAAGUCUGUUUACAAGGUCCUUCAGAAAAUUCAGUCGUAUUUUUAAGAGAAUUGGAACACAAAGUGACUUGAAUUACUCAACUAAAUGAUGCUAAUCAUUGAAACUUGAACGUUGUUAAAUAUUAACUCAACAAAAUGCCUAUCUUCUUAAAAUGGAGAAUAUUUCAGGAUAAAUGAUUUAUUCAAUAUGGACAGUUUCCAGGUAGAAUAUUGUCUAGUAUAUCUACUUGUGGAGAUAAUCUAAAUAACACUUAUGAUUACAUACAUGAAAGGUUUUGAAAAAUAAAAUAAACUUUAUAUGGUUAGAAA